AUGCUUGCUCUAGGCUCCAUUUUUAUCCUGUUCGUUCUGUGCCUUCUGGUUGUCCAACUGGUGAAGCUACAGUCCCAAAGAAGACUUUAUCCACCGGGACCAACUCCCCUGCCUUUCAUUGGAUGCUUAUGGCAGCCCAAAUUCUUUCGAAUACACCGUGAACUCUUGACUGAGGUGGCAAAGACCUACGGGAACAUCUUUACUUUGUGGUUUGGGCCCUAUCCUAUAGUUGUAUUAAACGGUUUCCAAGCAGUUAAGGACGGUCUCACCAGCCAUCCUGAAGAUGUUGCAGGCCGGCCUAUCAUUCCCCUUUUUAAAGCCGUGGCAAAUAAUACAGGGAUUUUACUGGCCACUGGUCGCAACUGGAAAUAUCAAAGGCGAUUUUCCAUGGGGGCUAUGAAGACCCUUGGCUUGGGGAAGAGCAUUCUGGAGUAUCAGAUCCAAGAAGAGGCACAAUCUUUGGUGGAGAUGUUUAGGAAAACUAAAGGGAAACCUAUGAAUCCUUCUUUUGCCCUCAACCUUGCGGUUUCCAAUGUGAUCUGUGUGGUCGUCUUUGGACGUCGCUUCUCCACAGAGGACAAAACUUUUCAUCACCUCCUGGAAGCAAUGGAGAAGAUUUUCAAAGUUCCUGGCACCCUCACACACACUCUAUAUGAUAUUUUCCCCGGGAUAAUGGACUGUCUCCCAGGACCUCACAAGACAGCAUUAUGCUCACGUGACUUUGUGUGGGCAUUCAUAAGAAAGGAGAUCAGGAAGCAUCAAGAUGCAGGCACUCAGGAAAAAGGCCACGACUUCAUUCAAUGUUACCUUGCUGAAAUAGAGAAAAUGAAAGACCAACCCAAGCUGCCCUACAAUGAGAAGAACAUGGUUCAGAGCAUCUUUGAUCUCUUCCUGGGUGGAACAGAGACAUCAAGCACUACUCUCAACUGGGGAUUGUUAUAUAUGGUGCUUUAUCCAGACAUCCAAGCCAAAGUUCAAAAGGAAAUGGAUACAGUCCUACCUCCCGGGCAGACAAUCUGUUAUGAGGAUCGCAAGAAGCUCCCGUACACAAAUGCUGUGGUGCACGAAAUCCAGCGCUUCAGCAGUGUUAUUGCGGUUGGGUUGCCCAGAUACUGCAUAAGAGACACAAUGAUCCAGCAGUUUCUCAUUAGAAAGGGCUCCAUCCUUCUCCCAAACAUGGCUUCUGCCUUGUAUGAUCCCAACGAAUGGGAGACGCCUCUGCAGUUCAAUCCAAACCAUUUCCUUGACAAGGAUGGGAAUUUCACCUGCCGAGAAGCUUUCAUCCCAUUUUCUUUAGGUCAUCGAGCAUGUUUAGGAGAAAAUUUGGCAAAGACAGAGAUCUUCCUUUUCUUUGGCAACCUUCUGCAAACGUUCACAUUCCAAUUGGCUGAUGGAUCAAAAGACAUAAAACUUGACCCAGUUUGGGGAGGCACUCUGCAGCCUCACUACUUUGAGAUCUGUGUGACUCCUCGAUAGGGCCUGUAUGACAGGUCUGAAUAGCAGCUGUGGAUACUGGGACUGGGAAUCCAGGCAUCUGGGUUUGUGUCCUUCAACUUUUGUCUGAAAACAAAGAGCAAGUUUCUAGCCCUCCUUGUUACAGAAGGAAAGCCUGUAUAACCUAGGCCCUUUCUGUAACAUGGGCUUUUGAGUACAACCUGGCCAGCAGCAUCAGUACUGGGCUGUUCUCUAUAUCCUUGUCUUUUACCUAGCUCCACUUGCAUCCUUAUAACUGGGCCCCUAAUCUGACCACAUGCUUAAAAUUAAGUUUUAUUAUUUGCAAAAAGG